AUGUUAUCGUUUGAGUCAGAAAUAUGUGUUGCCGUCUUGCUCGAUGGAACUGAUCUUGCACGAAGCGAUAAUAUAAACAAAGCGAAAACGGAACUUGAGCGAAUAGUGAAGUUUGUUGAAAUAUUCGAUGACCUAGACGAAUGCGUCGAUUAUGUGACGGAUACUGAAGACCAUCAAAUUCUGUUAAUUGUUAAUGAAUUGGAUGGUGAAAAUAUUGUUUCAGUACUUCAUGAGGUCAAGCAACUCAAAGAGAUUUAUGUACUUUCUUUGAAUCGAUCAACGAAUUUGUCUUGGAUAAAGGAACGCAACAAAGUUAAAGGUGUUAUUAAUAGUAUCACAUCGAUAUGCCCGAUACUAGAGUCGUACACACAAGAUGAUAGUAAACAAUUCAAUUUUGUGAGCAGCUUCUCUGCUUCACUAACAGAUGUAGAUUCAAAAAACGAACAGGAAGUGAUGUUCAUGUACGGCCAAUUGCUCAAAUACAUUUUAACAGAGAUGGACUAUUCAGACUGUGACCGGAUUCAGAUGAUCGACUUUCUUCGCAGUCACUAUCAACAUCCGAAGGAUAUUGAAAAAAUUUGCGAAUUUGAAUGCCGCUAUGAUCAAAUGAAACCUAUUCAAUGGUAUACGAAAGAUUGGUUUCUCUACAGAGAUUUGAAUCAAGCAUUACGUGAACACGAUGUAAUCUUUUUGUACUCAAUGCGUGUGUUCAUCAAAGAUCUUCAUCAACAAAUUGUUAAUUGCCAUGUGAACUCUGAAGAAUCGUCGAUCUUGAAGGUCUAUCGAGGUAUGAGCAUACCAACAGCUACUUUUGAUGAAAUGAAGAAAAAAGCUGGCGGCCUCCUGUCAUUCAAUUCUUUUCUUUCCACUACAAAAAAUUAUUGCGUUGCCUUGAUAUAUAGUGAAACUUCGAGUAAGCCUCCUCAUACGACUUCAGUGCUCUUUGAAAUCGAAGCUGGCCCAUCGAUACCCACUGUCGCUCAUUAUAUCGACAUACGCGAUUGGAGUCUGUUCAAAGACGAAGAGGAGUUCCUCUUCACGAUGGGCAGCGUUUUUCGUAUCCAAUCGAUUGAACCACCCGAUGACCGUAAUAUUUCGCUCAUCAAAUUGCUAUUAACGCACGAUAACGACCCAGAACUAACACGACUCACUCAUCACAUACGGUUAAAUAUGGGCUCUCCAAACGUAUUAUCGUUUAUUGAGCUUAUGUAUUUUGAGGGUAAAUACGUAGAGGCGAAGGAGAUCGGCAAGCUAGCGCUUCAAACAAUCACUCAAGAUUUGAAACCACUUGUAUCCAUAAUGUUGGCAGAGUUUGCUUUAAACCUAGGAAAGAAAGAAGACGCAAUGCGUGAAUUACAAUCGCUAUUCAAUUUUCCAGAUGAACGGUGCCAUAUUUCAAGAGGCAGCAAAAUAGAUCUUCAGCGCAAAUUUCUGCUCUACUGCAUGCAGGGCCAAUGGGAUCUUGCCAUAGAAAAUAUUGAAGCAGCGGUUGCUAACAAAACAUAUCAAACUUCAAAAUCUCAGCAAGAAUCGCUCGGUCUAGCUUACAUGACUAUUGGCAGGUUUCGUUAUAAACAAGGACGUUACUCCGAUGCCCUGUCAUACUCGACCACAGCAUAUGAACUUCUCCAACAUAGCCUACCAGCGACGCAUCCAUAUCUUGCCACAUGUCUCCAACAAAUUUUUGUAUUGAAGAACCUCAAGGGUCAACAGUGUCAAGAAUCUGCUAUAGUAAAAGAAAUUGUCAAAGUCCAAGAGCGUUCGCUGCCACUGGGGCACACCCACAGGAGAGCGACUGAAGUAAUGAAUCGAUUCGUCAACUGUACAGAAGACAAUGACGUGAACUUUGUAUCGAAAAAUGAAUUCUGUCAGACGCUUUUCACACAAGCACAAUCCAACGGAGUAAACGAUCCGAUUUCAUUGCUGACAAUAAGUGUUGCAUAUUAUGGGCAAAAUAAGAUAGACGAGGCGUUAUCCAGCAUCAAUGAAUAUAUCGAAACAGUACAAGGAGAAAAUAUUGCUCCACAUGAAAUAUGUGGUGUUUAUAUGAUCAAAGCAGAAUGUUAUCGUCAAAGAGAAGAACUAGCGGAAGCUAUGGAGUUCUAUAACAAAGCCUACGAAAGUCUAAUACAAAAUAUUCAUGAGACACUUCCAUUAAUGGCGAAGGUAUUGGAUAGAAUCGCCCGGGUCUAUGUAGCUCAGAACAAGUUUGAUGCGGCAUUCGCUGUGUGGGAGAGAUGCAGGGACAUGCCAAUAAGUAUAUCAAGGGAGGAUUACAAUAUCUUCAACACAAGUCGAUCAAAGAGUAUCGCCAAUAUAUAUCUACAACAAGCUUGGCAUUAUCAAGACUGCGUACAGCAUGAAGAAGCUUUAUUCAACUUUGAAAAGCGCCUAGAAAUUCAAAGGACUUAUUUGGAACCGGAGCAUAUUAACAUCGCACGCACCCAUUCCCGCAUUGGACAAAACUACUUAGAACUGAAGAAGUACGAUUAUGCUUUGUCCAGUUUUCAAAAAUCGUUACAUAUUACAAAAACGUACCACCCUGAUUGUGUAUCUGACCUGGUUCGCGCUUACGACGAUGUUGGCGAGACUUUGGAGUUGUUGAAAAGGUUUCCAGAUGCACUUAUACAUUUCGAAAAUGCUUUACAAAUUCAACUUGAAUCUUUACCAUCAACAUAUUCCAAGAUAGCACAAACUCGGAUACGCAUGGGAUUUCUGUAUUGUCGACUGGGGGAUGCUGAUAAAGCAUCAAAUGAAUUCGGUAAAUGUCUAGAGAUGGGCUCGACAGUGUGGCCGGUUCCGUUGGCUCAGAUUGCCCGUGGUUACUUUUUAAUUGGUGACCUCUACGAGCAGAAGGAAGAAAACUUGAAAGCUUUGUCAAACUUUCGAGAAUCUCUUAGGAUUAUGGAGAACUGCUGCCCUAUCGAUCAACUACAAUGUGCUAACUGUUACCAGUUUAUUGGUACAGUCUUGUGCAAACUGCACACGUUUUCUGAUGCACUUGAAAACUAUAAGCUCGCUAUGGAUUUCCGACUCCAAGUUAAGCCACCAACGGAUCCAUCCAUAGCAGUACUUUGGAAACGUAUAGGAAUGGUUUACGCCGAGUUGAAUAACUACGAAAGAGCAGUAUUUGCAUUCAAAGCAAGCUUCGAGAUUGAGCAUUCGGCAAUGCCAAUGUUGGAAAUAGAAGCGUUAAGUCGAUCAAUGGUACAAGGGCAUUUUUUAAGCAAACGCCAGCAUCAGGAUCCAUUGACAAACUGGCGACAAUUUUUAGAGUUUCAAGCGAGUUCAUUGCAUUCAGACCAUCCCGACCUUAUCUUUACGUAUAGAACAAUUGGUUCUUCUCUCAGCGGUCAGAAUAAGCAUGUCGACGCACUCUACAAUUUCCAACGUGCUUUAGAUAUUCGACUCAAAUGCUCAUCACCAACGGAUCCUGAGGUUGCCAAAGACUACUGGUACGUGGGUAUCAACUAUAUGCUCUUAGAGCAGUUUGACAAUGCUUUAUCAAGCUUGAAAACAUGCUUGUCUAUUCAAACUAUUUCGCUUCCAUCUUAUCAUUGUGAUCUUGUUGAUACGCACACAAUGAUUGGUACAAUUCUCCAGAAACAACAGAAACUGACCGAAGCACUGGAUAACUAUGAAUCGGCUUUGAAGAUUUUAUUUCAAUCCUUUUCUUCAACGAAUUUGAAGACAGAUCAAGACUCGAUCAAAUAUCGGAACAGUUCUCUUGCUGAUAUUUAUGUUCGUAUUGGUGACAUUCACUUUACGAACGAACAUUUAUCCGAAGCACUUGUGAAUUACCAGCUCGUUUUGGAUCUCCAACUGGAAUGUGCACCACGAACUCAUCCAAUGACUAUGCAUGCUGUAAAGAAAUCGGGCAUCAUUUACCGUUUAUUGGGUCGAUACCAAGAAGCUUUGAUAGCUUACAACGAAUAUUUAAAUCUUCAGUUAAUUACAUUAUCACCUGAACAUAUUGAUCUUGCUUCUACUUACCGAUCGAUCGGAAAUAUACAAGUUAAGCAGCAGCAGUAUGAUGAGGCUUUAUCGAGUCAUGAAAAGUGCUUAUUGAUUCAAACAAGUUCAUUUCCAUCGAAUCACCCGCAGAUCGCUUAUACAUCUAUGUUAAUCAGUGAUCUUCUCAUGAAACAGGGCAAGUUCUCUCAGUGCCCAACUUACUUGGAUAAUAGUUUGAGUAUUCUGCUUAACAAUCAACCACUACAUGAAGCUAAUAUUGCUCAAGUUCGGCGCAUGAUUGCUGAAGUUAAUUCAAAGCUAGCUUGA